AUGUAUAAAGCCACGCCCUCUACACCUCUAGACCACGUGGCAUUGUACGGGGCACACCUUAAUGACCAAGAUGUCAUCAGGAAAACCCAUCUGGAUUUUCUGGAUAUCUUAUUGGCUGCUCGUGAUGAUAACGGAGUUGGAUUUUCCAAAGUGGAUAUGAGGGCAGAAGUAGACACGUUUUCAUUUGAAGGGCAUGACACAACAGCGAAUGGCACAUCCUGGGCAAUCUACGCGCUUGCAAAGUACCCCGAUAUCCAGGAGCAGGUGCAUCGGGAGGUCCGUGAAGUGCUGGGCGACAGAAAAGACUACAGCUGGGCCGAUCUUCAAAAAUUGACAUAUACAUCGAUGUUUAUCAAAGAAGUCUUGAGAAUGUUUUCUCCAGUACCCGGUAUUGGUAGGGAAGUUUCAAAACCACUGGUGAAUGACGGAGUCGAACUUCCAUUUGGGAUGACUAUAAUCAUUUCCCUGUUCGUCAUGCAUCACAAUCCCGAUGAGUUCCGACCAGAAAGAUUUGCUAAAGAAAAGUUUUCAAGAAGAGAUCCUUAUUCUUUUGUGCCAUUUUCAGCAGGGCCGAGGAAUUGUAUAGGACAGAACUUUUCUAUGAACGAGGAGAAGGUACUGCUGGCACGCAUUGUCAAUAGGUUUCGCCUGGAGUUGGACACAGAUCACGAUAUUGUCAUGAUCCCUGAACUGAUCAUGCGUGCCCAGAACGGCAUCAAGGUCAAUGUCUAUCCAAGGACGUGA